UCUGAACGCAGAACACGUCGCCCUAAUCGAGGCUUAGCAAACAUCGACAACGCGGUCUAAUAUUUUUUGUAAAUUAAGUAUAAUUUGAAAAUCGAACGUUUUGUGGACAGCAACUGUCAAUAUUUUUUUUUAACUAGAUUCCGGUUGUGGCAAAUAAAAAAGUGAUAUUUGUAGUGAAGUGAGUUUGACUUAUUUUCUGAAAGUGAAAGUCAAUUUUAUUAGAUCGGUUCGAGAUUAAUUUGUUUACCAUGAUCUAAAAAUUAUGCAAGUGUAUUGAAUAAUAUAUUUAAGUACCAAGGCAACAUGAGUCAUUGAAGGUCACCGCAUCAUGCUGCUACCAACGCAAUGGCUCAGGAAGCUCAACAGUGGAGGGAUCCUCAACCAGUUCUUUAUGGCUUUGAUGGUGACCAUUCCAGUCCUGAACUUCGGGAUGCUGCUUGGCUGGCAGUCCCCCAUGACGCCAUUACUCCAGUCCCCGGACGGACCCGCGCCAGAACCCAUCUCUGAUGAGGUGAUAUCCUGGAUGGCGUCCUUGACAUUCUUCGCGCCGAUCUUCUGCGGCUUUCUCAUGGGGAAGCUGGUGGAUAGAGUGGGACGGAAGAUGGUUACGAUGCUGACGUCCUUGUUCCUCUUGAUCAGCUGGUCGAUAACCCUAUUCUCCCUGCGACCCUGGGCCCUCAUCAUGUCGCGAGCAGUAGCCGGGUUCGCCUGCGCCAGUUGUUAUAUUGUGACGCCUCUUUAUUUGAAAGAGAUAGCAUCAGACAACGUCCGUGGGGCCCUGGGCUCCCUCUUCAUCCUGUCCCAGAACCUCGGCUACCUGGUGGUAUACAUCAUCGGGGACCUCCUGUCGUUUCCCGUGGUCAUGUGGAUCUGUACUGCAGUCCCCAUCCUCCAUCUGCUAGCGUUCAUUGCAAUGCCUGAGACUCCUGUGUUCCUGGUUAAACAGGGGAAGAAUCAGGAGGCACGAGCCGCGUUAGCCUGGCUGAGGAACACCACGACUGACGAUAAGAACUUGGAGGAGAUAGUCCAGCAGCUGGAACGAGAAGAAGAGUUCACCAGGUCCACGAAGACGGCUAGUUUUAAAUGCAUAAUUAAAGACAAGACAACAUUCCAAGCGUUUCGGAUCGCGCUCAACGUCAUGAUAUCCCAAGAGACAUGUGGCUACCUCGUCGUCCUCAGCUAUGCCGGGUCCAUCUUCGAACAAGCGUCAGAGUCUAUCAACUUGAGACUGAGCCCAAACAAGCAGACUAUAGUAGUGGGAGUCAUACAAUUGUUGGGUUCGAUCGUCGCGAGCUGUAUUGUGGAGAAGACUGGAAGAAAGUGGUUACUCGCCGGCACUUCCUUCGCGACCGGCGUCUCCAUGCUGUCCCUAGGCGCCUGGUUCUACGUCACCUCCCUCUCAAUAUGGCUGCCUGGUUGGCUACCGGUCAUGUCUAUGUGUCUCUGCAUCUUUGCCGACGCUGCUGGCUACCAGCCAGUGCCUUACGUUAUCACAUCUGAGCUCUUCACCUUCCAAUAUCGAGGCAUCGCGACUUCGGUCAUCACAACAGCCACAGCAUUCAGCGAUUUCAUGCAGACAAAACUAUACGACCCAGUAUUAAAACUCUUAGGCAUCCAAUGGGUCUUCAUUAUCUUCUCCUUCGUCUGCUUCCUCGGAUGCUUUUACACCAUCAUGUGGGUGCCAGAGACUAAAGACAGGACCGUAGAAGAAAUAUACGCCCUUCUAGAAGACGGCAGAAAGAAACAAAACAGCAGAGACGCUGAAACGGCCAAAGAAGUCAGUAGACUAUAAUAGAACCUUGUCGCUUUCAGCCUUUGCUCAAUAAACUAAGUAAAAUCAAUUGGUUCGCCUAUAAGGUGAAUUUGACACGGUUAUAAAGAUGACUUAUUUAUAUUGUGAUAGAGUUUGAUAUAGUACGUAUGACGACAGUGCCUUAUCAUUCCCGAAUGUGAUAUAAAUGACGAAUUUAAAAAAAUAUGACUAUAUUAUUUAAGAUAUUAUACGAAUAAGUAUUAGACAAAAUAUAUAUUUAAGAACUUAA